AUGGCGCUGUGUCAAUUCUCAGUGACUAUCCACACUGUUUCCUCGUCAACAUCUUCUUCCUUCCAAUCUCUUCGUCCUCAGCCUUUGGUUUCCCAUGUAAAGUCUAAUUUUUGGAUUCACAGACUCAGAUUUCAUAGCUUCAAUCACGCAAUUCGGUUUAACACCCCUAAAUCGAAUGCCAUCGGAGCUGCAAUUGACAUCGACACUCACGGGAGGACGAAGAAGAAGAGAAAACCUAAACCUGGGUUUUUCGAAGAAAUCAGCGAUAAAUGGUCUUCUCGAAUCAGCCCCAAAAACAACAAUUUUCCUUGGCAGACGAAACAGGAAGAGCAAAUUCAACAUCAUGAAGAAGAAGACGAGGAAGAAGACGAAUCAGAAGACAAUCCAUCUUCCGGUAAAAAAACCGAUUCCAAUCACCGAUAUUCGGCGAGUGACCCGUCGAGUUUCCCAAAGCCAAGCGGAUACAUGUCUGCUCCAUGGGUCAAUAAUAAUGGUUCAAAAGCAGUUAAAUUUCCGUCUAGCUCCGACCAGGAAAUUCGAGUUUCGAGUUUCGAUAAUGGUUUUACUGUAGAUAGAUAUAGAAGGGAUAACGAUUUUGGCAAUAGAGCUGUAGAUUAUAACACUAGAGAAGCAAGAGAUUCAGAAUUAGAUGAUGAUGGUCACAGAGGCCAAAGAGGGAUGAUAGAUUCAGGGAAAGACAAAGGAAUAUGGAGAAAGAAGAGAAGCAAUACGAUAGAAGCAGAGGGAACUGUACCAGAACAUGAGCUGCAAAGGCUUAGGAAUGUAGCUUUGAGAAUGGUUGAGAGAUUUAAAGUAGGUUCUGCAGGAAUUACACAGGCGCUCGUCGAAGCCAUUCACGAGAAAUGGGAGGUUGAUGAAGUGGUGAAGCUGAAAUUUAGAGAGCCAUGUUCUCUUAAUAUGAAGAGAACUCACGAAAUUUUGGAGAAGAAAACCGGGGGAUUAGUGAUAUGGAGGUCAGGAAGCUCUCUCGUGCUGUACCGAGGAAUAAGUUACAAGCUCAAGUGUGUUCAGUCGUUUAUCAAACAGAACAAUCUCGACACAAGCCCUGAGAUCCGUCGAAGUGUAGAUACAAGAAGGGAUUACAUACCAGAGGAUGCGAAUUACCCAAAGAAUGUACCUAAAGAACAGUUAUCUGAGCUAUGCGAAUUGAACGAUUUGUUGGACGAGCUUGGUCCAAGGUUUCAUGAUUGGACAGGGUGUGCUCCGUUGCCUGUUGAUGCAGACAUGCUUCCUCCAAUGGUUCUAGGAUAUAGGUGUCCGUUUAGGAUUCUUCCGCAAGGAGUAAAACCUGUUCUGUCUAACACGGAAAUGACAGAAAUGCGUCGGCUCGCUAGGAUAAGCCCACCACAUUUUGCUCUUGGGAGGAGCAGAGAGUUGCAAGGUCUGGCAGUAGCAAUGGUAAAGCUAUGGGCAAAAAGUGCGAUCGCGAAGAUAGCAAUCAAACGCGGUGUGGAAAACACGCGGAAUGAGAGAAUGGCAGAAGAACUUAAGAGACUUACCCGCGGUGUACUUGUUUCGAGAAACAAAGAGUACAUUGUCUUUUACAGAGGCAAUGACUUCAUGCCUCCUGCAGUAGCAGAGGCAUUGACCGAGAGGCAAAAGGAGAUAACAGAAGUUCUUCAAACUAAAGAGGAUCAAGUACGGGAAAUGGCUUCAACAAGAGUCACACACACAUCACAAGGCAAAUCGCCUAAAACUCAAUUGCUCGCUGGAACUCUUGCUGAGACUAUAGCUGCAAGCUCUCGGUGGGCACCAGAGGCAAGCAGUGUGGAUAUCGAGGAGUUAAAGAGAGAAUCAGCUUCGAUCAAAAGAGCUGCGCUUAUUAGAAAUCUUAACGUGAGACUUGUUCAUGCAAAGCAAAAGCUGAGAAGAGCUGAGAGGGCUCUAGCUAAAGUGCAGAAGGAUCUUGACCCAUCGGAACUCCCGACUGAUUCAGAAAUAAUCACAGAAGAAGAGAGACUUCUUUUCCGAAAAAUUGGUCUGAGUAUGGAUCCCUUUCUUCUUGUAGGAAGACGAGAAGUGUAUGAUGGUACCAUAGAGAAUAUGCAUUUACACUGGAAACAUAGAGAGCUCGUAAAGAUAAUUGUUAGAGGGAAAUCUCUUCCGCAAGUGAAACAUAUCGCUAUCUCUCUGGAGGCUGAGAGUAGAGGAGUGUUGGUAUCCGUUGAUAAAACCAUGAAAGGCUAUGCGAUUAUACUCUAUCGCGGCAAGAAUUAUCAGAUGCCAUUUCGGCUUAGGCCUUCAAACUUAUUGACAAGAAGAAAGGCUUUCGCUCGAUCCAUUGAGCUUCAAAGAAGAGAAGCACUGAAGCAUCAUGUUGCGGACCUAGAGGAACGGAUUGAGCUGUUGAAGACCGGACAGGAUGAGGAUAGGGAAACCGGAAUGAAAAGUGAUGGGGAGGAAGAGAACUUGUAUUUGAGAGUUGAUGAAUCUGAUUUUUCUUCUGACGAGGAUGAAUCUCUGGAAUGGGAGUCAGAAAAGAAUGAAACUUUCUUAUUAUCUGAGGAAGACGAAGAAGGAACUUGAACCAGUAAACAAAUAAAACCUGUAGCAGAGUUUAAUGAUAAGAGGGUCAAAUGACACCCUUAAAAUUUUUAAUAUUCAUGUUUAACCUUUUGUAAUAUAACAUAACGACGGUAGUAUGCUUUCUUGCAUUGCAUUGUAUCUACUUAAAUGAUCUUUGGUAAUCUUCAAACAGAUAAGAAUUUCCUCUAACGAAGAGGGUUAGAUAAAUAAGAAACAAUUUCCAUAAA